UCCAACGGCCGCGGCGGUGCCGCCUGUCAGUGCGAACGCGAGCUCGCCGGGGCGACCGGAGCAGGGGUGGGCGGCCGGCCGGCCGAGCGAGCGAGCACACAAAGGACGGCCACCGCCAGUGUCGGCUGAGCCACCAUGACUCGCAUUUUAUGACACAGUCGACUGGACUUUCGCGGGCUCAGCCUGCCAUUUUAUUUUGUUUUUUAAAAUAAACUCCCAUUCAUUGGAGUAUCACAUUCAUAGGCCGCGUCCUUAGGAAGGCGGUCAUUGAGGUGAAUUAAUGCGUCGAUUCUGCUGAGCAACGGAGGGGAGAAGAGAAAAAUAUACUGGAUAAUUAUUUGGUAAUUGGAGGAUAAUCAUUCUUAUCUGUUUGGCGAUGGUGGAUGUGGAUUUCGCUGGCUGCGGUGCAUCUGGCGAUGGUAGCGGUCGCAACAGCCGGAAGAUGCUGGAGCUGCCCGACUCUGACUGUGCUGAGGUUGUACCGCUGGAGCUGUACGAUUCAUCCAGGGCUAAAAUAGCCGCUAAUCUGGCCUGGAUCUUUUCCAAAGCAUACGGAAUAGAUAAUAUUCCUGAGGAUUUAAGGGAUGCUUUCUACACAGACCAAUAUGAACAGGAACAUAUUAAGCCACCAGUGAUCAAGCUGUUGCUGUCCAGUGAACUCUAUUGUCGUGUGUGCAGCCUAAUUUUAAAAGGGGAUCAGGUGGCUGCAUUGCAGGGUCACCAACCUGUCAUUCAAGCAUUGUCACGCAAAGGCAUUUAUGUUAUGGAGAGUGAUGAUAUGCCGGUUUCGGAAUCGGACCUCACACAGUCUCCAGUCAAAAUGAACGCUCACAUGGCUUUGAUUGAUGCUCUGAUGAUGGCCUACACAGUUGAGAUGAUCAGCAUUGAAAAGGUAGUGGCAUCUGUAAAGCGUUUUUCCACGUUUAGUGCCUCAAAGGAAUUACCAUAUGAUCUGGAAGAUGCCAUGGUGUUCUGGAUAAAUAAGGUAAAUUUAAAAAUGAGAGAGAUUACAGAAAAGGAAUUUAAACUGAAACAACAAGUUAUAGAAAGUCCAAGUCACCAAAAGUCUCCUUCAAAAUGGUAUUGGAAACUGGUGCCUGUUCGUUAUCGACGGGAUCACCCCUUGAGCAAGCAGUUACCAUUUUUCCCUUUAAUGGAGGAUUUAAUGAGGGAUGCUUGUGAUGGCUGUUCACUUCUUGCCGUUAUUCACUAUUAUUGCCCAGAGCUCAUGAAAUUAGAAGAUAUCUGUCUGAAGGAAGUGACUUCAAUUGCAGACAGCUUGUACAAUAUUCAGCUCCUGAUAGAUUUCUCAAAUCAUUACCUGAACAGAAGUUUCUAUCUUACUCUUGAAGAUAUGCUAUAUGGCCCUACAGUGCUGAAGCCUAAUGUUAUGGUGUUCAUUGCUGAGUUGUUCUGGUGGUUCGAAGUUGUGAAACCUGACUUUGUACAGCCAAGGGAAGUUCAAGAAAUCAAAGAUGCUAAAACCCUCUUACAACAAAAGAACUUGCGUCCACCUCUUCCAAUUUCCAAUGCAACAAAAAGGAGCUUUAUGGUCAGCCCAGCAAAUGGUGACGUGACAGCAACUCCACCACAGAGUAGCCAAGAUAUUGGAACCAGGUAUUGCCUGCAUCCUGAAGAGUUUGUCAAAGGAAGCCCUGCCUUCAGUCCAUCCCACCCACUAUUGCCUUUAAGACAGAGGCAACACAAAUCUUCUUUGCCUUAUGAAGAUAGUCAAGAUACUCGGCAUCGUUCAAAUUCCCUUACUCGAGUUGACGGGCAGCCAAGAGGCUCAGUGUUGGCUUGGCAAGAAAAAAAACCAAGACCUUUGUCUCAGCCAACGCCAUUUGCCCUUCACUAUGCAACUGACAGUGAUAUAGAUGUUACUUCUGGUGAUAGUAUCAGCCUGGCCAGAUCUAUUAGCAAAGACAGUCUUGCAUCCAAUAUAGUCAAUGUAACUCCUAAGCAUCAAUCUCAGUUGUUUUCUCCAACUGCAGAAAGCAGUGGAAAAAGUUUGCUCAGAAAUGUGGACAUUGAAGAUGAGGAUGAUGAAGAGCUAAUGGCCAUAAUUAAAUCAAACGAAGGAAUGGUUAAUAAUUGUAAUCUUGAGUUACAAAGUGUUUCAUCGAAAGCCCCAAAUCAGUUUUUGCUCUCAAAAUCCCCAAGGAAGCAAAAUGACAUUGAAGCAGGAGACCAAACUGGCGGCUUUUUCUUAGAACCUUUAAUGCCUGCUGUUUUAAAACCAGCCAAGGAAAAUCUCUUCAUUGUUAAUAAACAUGAAGAAUAUGGAGAACGUAAAUACAGAUCUCCAUCAGCAAAGAAAAUAACCGAUGGACAUUUGCCUUCAACGCGCAAAAAAGCAGUGAACGCCAAUGGCGAAGCAGAUAUUAACAGGACUUUCACUCCCAUAACCAGCUCUGACUUCAUGGUAGUCACUGAUCCAAUCUCUACAGAAUCUUUAAGGCACAUUGAAGCACCAGGAGUUUCCAUGAGUAACUUUAGGCCUUUGGCAAGCAGUAGUGUUGAAGGUUCUAUGCAAGAAGAAUCUGGAGGUUUCUUUCUUCAUACUGGUGAUGCUGAAGAAGGAUUCAAUGACAUAUCAGUGAAUAAUACGAUUACUAUGGACAGUAGUAAACCCCGUGACACAACAACAUGGACUGUGAACAUCCAGGAUUCUGAUUCAGAGGUGCUGGAUAUGGAAGAGGCUGUACAAGAUCUAGUUGCUGACGAGGAGGACCAACGUGUAAGAAGCUGUUAUAGUGGAGAAGAGGAAUCUCGAAAAUUACAUCAUGAUAUGAAGGUAAAAGAACAUGAGGACAAAGAUGAUGCCAGUGGACGUUCCAGCCCUUGUUUGAGUACAAUCUCUCAGGCUAGCAGUACGUCCAUGACCAGUACCAGUAUUAGAAUGACCAGCUUUGCCGAACGUAAAUUACAAAGGCUUAACAGUACUGAGGCAAAAUCUAGUGCAAGUAGUUCUCAAAAGACUACACCUGAUGGGUCAGAAUGUUGUCCUCUACCCAUGAUGACAUGGAGGCAGAAACGAGAACAGAGUCCUGGUAGACAGAUCAAAGAUAGUGCUCAGAUACUGGCCUCUGAACUAGUUCAACUUCACAUGCAACUUGAGGAGAAAAGAAGGAUAAUUGAAGCUCAGAAAAAGAAAAUGGAGGCUCUCUCUGCUAGACAGCGUCUAAAGCUUGGCAAAGCUGCUUUUUUGCAUAUUGUUAAGAAGGGGAAGAAUGAAGGGAUUCCUCAACCACUCAAGCCUGAACAUUUCACAAAAGGAGCAGAAUGUCCAAGUCGUGAGGAAACUGUUGCUCAUGUAGCCCGACCGCUGAAAGCUGAUGAAGAUUUUCCAAGCCAAGAAGCCAAAGAAGAUUACUUAAAACAAGCAGAUGAAUUAGGGACAAGAGAUUUACAGGAGAAAAUAACUGAGGAUGAUAUUCAAGAGAGCAUUGCUGCUGUUCGACAACGAUGGUUUAGGGAACCCUCACAAGUUGGCCCUGAUGUUGAUAAGACCAAGGUGAAUUCUAAUGGCGGCUAUGAGGAUGUUAUGGCAGAUCUCGAUGUGAAUGAGUACAAUCGUUCAAUUGAAAAACUUAAUGAAACUUUGAGCAAUCUUCAGUUUGAGAUGCAUAAGCUUUCACAGCAGCAGGAACUCUUGAUGAAGCUUAAGGACCAAGUACCAACAACACCUGUAACAAAUAUCAGUCGUACCCUGCUGGAUCAAAAGAACAAGCAAGCAGUGCAAAUUGUGGAACCAUUAUCACCCACAGGUGGUAGUCCAUCACAAACUAUACGUAAGCAGCCACGCAGUAUGUCGUUGAAAAGCCCCCGGGCAGGAAGGCCAACAGAGCUGAAAGUCUCUAGGGAUACUAAAACGCAAGCAUCUUUUCGUAUUAUUACACCAACACACAGUGUAGAAACUCUGCCCCACUUGCGACCUUCCCCAGGUAGUAAACCACUUAAAUCUGACACUGAGGAUAUUGCUGUUCCUGCCACAGUUACUGCUGGAUCUUUUGAUGGCAGGUCUUCUAAAGACUCUGCUGAUCCCACUUCUGAAAGGACGAAGGAUACUGAUGGUGCCAAGCAAUGUGAACAAAAUAACCAGCGAACAUUGGUGCUCUCUGGAUUUCAGAAAGACAAUUAUAGUUAUUUCAAUGAUCAAAUCAACACUGAGGCAGUAAUUAGUACUCCAAACAAGCUUGAACACUCAUCACUUAACUCUUCAGAUAGUUCAGGGAAGGAGAACAUUCCUAUUGAGGAACAAUCCAAAAACAAAGCCAAUCUUAUUGAAGUAGAUCUCUCUGAACUAAGGGCACCAGCAGAAGGUGAAGAAUGUGAAAGCCAAGGCAUUUCCACCAGCCAAGUGAUUUGUGAAUCAGAUCAGAAGUCUGGAUUGGGCUUUUUUUUCAAGGAUGAUCAGAAAGCGGAAGAUGAGUUGGCAAAAAAGCGAGCUGCAUUCCUGCUCAAGCAGCAGCGCAAAGCAGAAGAAGCUCGUUUACGAAGACAGCAGCUGGAUGCUGAGAUAGAACAGAAACGUGAUGAAGCAAGGCGUAAAGCUGAAGAGGAUCGGAUUCGCAAAGAGGAGGAGAAAGCACGAAGAGAGUUAAUCAAACAGGAAUAUCUAAGACGUAAACAGCAGCAAAUACUGGAAGAGCAAGGUCUUGGUAAACCGAAACCUAAAGUUAAGAAGCAACGUCCAAAAUCAGUUCAUCGGGAAGAAUCCUACAGUGAACCACCAUCAAGAUAUCCUUCUACUCCUGAUAAUCUCAGCAGUGCUCAGUCUGGGUCCAGUCUGUCACUGGCCUCCGCGGCUACCACUGAAGCAGAAAGUGUGAAUUCUGGUGGUGGCAGUGGUAGUGGUGGCUUUUCACAAAGGACAGACUCCAUGGAGACCUUCUCAGUGUUGAGCCGAAAUCAGAGUAGGAACACAGAACGAGACUGGGAGAAUGCAUCCACAGCCUCAUCGAUUGCAUCUGUGGCUGAGUACACAGGUCCAAAGUUAUUCAAGGAGCCAAGCUCAAAAUCAAAUAAGUCAAUAAUUCAUAAUGCUAUCACACAUUGCUGUCUUGCGGGAAAAGUAAAUGAGCCACAGAAAAAUUCAAUACUUGAGGAGCUUGAAAAAUGCGAAGCUAACCACUACAUCAUCUUGUUUCGUGAUGCGGGCUGUCAGUUCCGAGCACUUUAUGCCUAUUCUCCAGACUCUGAGGAGAUCCAGAAGUUAACUGGCACAGGGCCUAAAAACAUUACAAAGAAGAUGAUCGAUAAGCUUUACAAGUACAGUUCGGACAGAAAGCUGUUCAGCCUAAUACCUACUAAGACCAUGUCAGUCAGUGUGGACGCAAUCACAAUUCACAACCAUUUGUGGCAAGCCAAGCGAUCUGCAGUGCCAAAGAAGCAAGCAACAGGAAAAUGAAAAGAAUUUUUUUGCUGGUUCAUUUUAAAGUUUUCCAGCAAUCUAAUGUUUCUCCCAUUUCCUCAUAGUAGAUUGUGUUGAAAUUGGCAUUUUUUCAUUUGAUUUGGUGGCUAUUUAGUUUUGGGAGACAGCGGAUCUCUCCAGAUUCUGUUGCAGAUUACAGAAUGGAAUCUUUUAUUGAAUGUUUGCACAGACAGUGAAAUGUUACCUAUUCCACUAACAACAAAAUAAGUAGUUGGUAUUUUUCUGAUGGAUUGUCAGUCUCUAAGUGCCAACAUUUGGCGGUACGUGACAGAAUUCUGGCUUUGUAUUCUAUGCUGGUUACUCUGGCUUGUAACUGUCUUUUCUUUGCAUGUGGCAAGUUUUCUAGCCAGUGGAUUCUUAAAGUAUUUGUGGACUGUGAUUGUGAGAAGAUUCCUCUGCUUUUUCUUUUCCUUCAAUUCCUUUUUGGAAUGGCAUCACCAUGGGAAUUGAAGCAAUGUCACAGCUGGAUUUGGCUUGAGGUAAACUUGUAAUGAAAGGCUUUCUAACAUCAUUCCUGCCAAUGGAAGGCCAUCUUCCUAUAUUGGUUCAGAUAGUUCUGUCCUGACUUUGGUUUAUCAGGGUCUAUGUGCAACAAUCAGAGCAAUCUAUUAACUGCCAAGAAACUUGACAACAACUGACCUUCAGUUCUGGAUGCUGCUUACCUUUCUCCAUGUACUCUUACCGUGAUAUGUACAUUGUGAUAUGUACAUUUUCACACAGCAGUGUGACCGAUGUAUCAGUAGUCAUUCUACUGCUGGAAUGGCAAUCAUGCAAAGCACGUGAACAAAUCUGCACAGACUGGCAGGAUGACGGCGUAUGCUGAGAAAUGCCUCUUGGGAAAUCCAAUUUAUUAAACACUUGAAUUUGACACAUUUUAUACAUGCCAUCAUUUUAGAGAGAGUCUGUGUUCUGCAGUAAUGGUUGGGUGUUCUUUGUCCAGUAAGGAAGAUUGUUGUAGAAGUAGUGUAUUACCACACAGAGCACAGUAUUGCUGUAUGGAGGCACACUGAAAGGUCACAGUCAAAAUUUAAUGCUUUUUAUUGCAUUGUGCAUUCUGAAAAUCUUCCAUCAUAUUUUCCAAUACUGUAUGAGCAGCAUGCUCUUGUAAGAAUGUAUAUUCUGUUGAACACAGCCUAUUUUCUUUUGAGUGAGCAAUAUUUAUUAUAUUUCAUAACUAGUUAUCCUGCCAUUCUUGGCUAAUGUCUGCAAAUUGGGCAUUCUCCCACCAGAUGUUUAUGAAACUUUUUUUUUCCUUGUUCUGGAGUUUUUAAAUAACCUGUCCGGAGCUGUGUGUGUUCUGUUUAAAAUAAAAUCUUAAUAUAAAGCGGUACAGUGGAAAAUAAUUUGAACAUUCUUGAAUGUGUGAUCACAAUGAUCCUUGAAGCUGGUUUCUUUCUCCCAUUACAUGGCAGUUUGUGCAAUCACUGUAGUAAACUUAGAUAAAGGUAAAGCUGCUUACAAGACACUUUUUAAUUUUAACAGUGCUAUCUUGUGCAUGUUCAUAGUCUAAACACUAACAAUAUGUAAACAUCCUAAGCAGAAGAAUUUUUCUUUUAAGAAAGCAAUUUUAUUUGCUACUGGCUGUGGUCAAUUUUUUAAUAUACAAAAUAAAGGACUCCAGAUUUGAGCAGUGAGUUUGCAGUUAUGACCAUUUACAGCAGUCCAAAGUGUGUGUGUGUGGCCACUUAAAAUGGGACAUUUUGACCUGAGAAAUGAAGACAGCUUUGUCUUUCGAGCAGGUCCAUUUCUUUAACAAAGAACUUGUGGUUUAUUGAUGUAGUUCUUAGUUUUUUAUAUGUUUUAUAGGAAAAAAAUUGUUAGAUGAUUUUGCUUAUGCUGUCUCAUCACUUUUUUUCUGAAAAAGGACUUUGUAGAAAUGCAGAAAUUAGCAGUUUGAGCUGUGUAUUUUUAGAAGUUUUCAGUUAGAAUUGGUGAGAUAAUCAUGGAAAUCUUGCAUGCAAAAAUGUAAUUACCAAUAACGGUUUGUAAGAAUCUUCAUGGCAGAUGAAUAUAUUUUAAUUUUUUUUGUUUUAUUAUUAGGGCAAAGUUACAAUCCAUUUUUCACUUUGGUACAGGUUAGUACACUCAUUUAUCCUGGCUGGUAAAAUAAUCAGCAAACGUUUAAUUUUGCUGAUUUUUUUAAUGAUGAGUGCACCAUACAGGGAUUGAGCAUUUUGAUAGUUGUUUUGUGUUAAUGUUUAAUGCUUAUUCAGUAAGGUCAGAGAGGAAAUAAUUAGAAAUGUAACAAAUUAAAGCUUUUCAUCUAAGUAAUUUUGUUAAUGAAUUGUGUUGUGUUAAUAUAGGCCAACACUGAGCUGUUUACAAACCAGUUUGAGAUCUGUAGUAGGGGAGAUUGUAAUUAUGCAACAUUUGAGAUUAAUAGCCGUUCUCCUAAUGCCUGUGAUAUGUUGGACUCAUAUGAGAUCCGGCAACUUGUGUGUGAUGACUUUCUUUCUUAGCCCAUGAAUAUCUUCAGGGGGCAGUUUAACAUUCUGUUAAAGCACUUUUUAAAUACAUAUAAAGGAUAAUAAUAGAUGUAAAUAUUCAUUGUGCAUUAUUUGGUAAAUUGACUUUGAAAUAUUUGGAACCUGGCAGUUUCAGGAUGUUGAAUGUACUCCAAUUUUAAGAAUUUGUAUUUAAAUUCUGUUCAGGUUGAGUAAAUGCUGGUUAGAAAGCCCCAGGUGAAGUGAAUUGUGUUCUAGCUUUUGUUAGCAGUGGAUUACUCUUGUAUUUUUAUUGUUUUAUAAAAUGCUACAUGCUUUGCCAAUUUUUAUUUUGGAUAAUACCUUUAUAUCAGUGCUUUAUUUAACUCUCCACAAAGCUUUGCUAUCUUGAAAACCUCUGAAGAUCGAUGAAGGUGAAAAUGUAGCUAUCUUCAGUCCCACAAUCAUAAUUUAAAUUUUUAAAAGCUGUAUCUGCAUUUCUAGUUUUGUGCCAAUUAAAACUAAAUUUUUCAUUGUUGACAAGAAACUUUUGACAGCUUUGCUGCUGUUAUUUUCAAUUUAGUUCACGUGCAACCAAAAUAUGUUACAGUUGUUACAUCACUUAAACACUAAUAUACCUCCUAGUCGGAAGAGAAACUGUUUACUUUAUGAUCUUUGAAAAUGUUAGCAUAAUCAGCUGUGUAAAACCAUUUGGAGACUGCUUGCCAACUAGACUACUAAAGUGUAGAUAUUCAUUCGAUGGCUUCAACACCAUUUGGGUAUGACCAAAAGGAAUUGCUAUAUUGGGACAUCAACACUUGAAGAAUUUUUACUUUUGUGAUUUUCUCCAAUUACAAUUUGCUUAUUCACAGAUGCCACCUGUUGCCUGUGUGCAGGCGCUGGUUCAUGUGUGCGCUCUUUGGGAAGUGAGUUAACCAUCAUUAAUGAAUAACCCCUGUGGCAGGCACAAAAGAUGCAUGGAUAUAAGGGAGAACUAGGUAUGGUGGAGGGAGUGAGGGGAAGAAGGGUGGGGGAGCAGUUAUGAAACUAGAAGAGAAAUCCAGAAUAUGUAAAGGAUAAUUUGCCAUAGAUAGGUAAUGGUGUGCCCCAACACUGCAGAAGAGCCCAUCUAGGCACCCAUGCUUAAAUCUUUAUUGGGCGACCUGUCCGCAAAAGGGCAACAAUUAAAAGUCAGUGUUCAACUGACAAAAUAAAAUCAAUGUCACAACGUCAAUCCUUUAAUGUUUUAAUUGACUUUCUGUAUGAUGUACACCACUUUUAUUGUGUAUUAACAAUGAAGAAAUUUUGAUUCAGUUUCUAUUGGAAAUACUUACCAUGCUCAUUGAUGACAUCAUCAGAUGCAUGAAUACGAAAGGGGAAUGUUGUGUAAAUACUGGUAGAGAGUACUGGUUACCAUAGACCUUUCCAUUGGUAGUGGAUACAGACACUUCAAAACAUGCACAGAUCAAUUUUGUGUGUAUUAUUCAUGCAAGGAAAGAAAAGUUUUCUUUAAAAUGCAUUUUCUGGGCUUAAGUCUCCAUUUGUUUGCAGUUGGGUUCUGAUAACCUGAGUGGUAAUUGUGUUCACAUAUUGUGAUAGUCCUUUAAACCAAUUUGCCCUUUGCUGUUCAUGAUUGGUAACAUGAGCAGGAUGGCAAGUGGAAAGAGAACUUUGCUGUAUUGUGAUAUUUACAAGCAAAGGUCAAGAUCUCCAAUUUUAUAUACAAUACCGGUAAAUAGGAAUUAAACUCUGCUGAUGUGACCAGUUUUGAUGUGAGCCAAAAUGUGUAUGUGUUAACACAGGAUAUUGGUAAAUGGUAUUCUUUGUAAAUGAGUGACUAGCAUUGCAUCACAAUAGCAUGUUGUAUGGCUUUGUCCAUCAUAAUAUUUUAACUAGCAAAAUAUGCUAGAAAAUUUGAGCUGAGCAAACAUUGUACAUCUUGCUAAUGGUAUGUAAAUGUGUGCAUUCCAAAUUAUGUGUUGAAUUUAGGACAACAAAAUGGAUUGUAGAGAUUUUCCUCAUCAGAUUAUCACAACCUCCAUCAGUGAACUGUAAUAUAGAUUUUAAAGUAAUUUUCAUUUUUGUGGUAAUUUUUUUAAAGGACGUAAAUAUAGAAGGACACCAUGUGCUUCGGGCCAUACGUUCAAUUCAUUGAGUUAGUUGAUACAUUAGCUAUUUCUCUUGUUGCUUGUUACUCUAAAUUUGGCUAAAUUUUAUUUUGGAAGCCGAGAAUUUUCUAUAGCUGACCAGUGCAGAUAAAAGGGAGUGAAAAUACUGUUGUCAAUUACUAUUUUACUCAGGUAUUUUUGUUUUUUUAAAUAAUGAAAGAAUGUCCAUGUUCUUUGCAAAUAAGAUAAUUUUGUAAACCAUGAACAAUUUUUCUGUCUUUCUAUAAGUGGAGGAAUAAAAUUCUCUAUGGUUACCCACUGUGCAUAAACUGUAGAAAUAAAGGCAUUUGCAGUCAGAGUUAAACUUUUACCUAUCCUUAAUACCGUUUUGAAAAUGUUCAGAGCUAAGUGAACAAAUAAUAUCCUUGAAUUUUAAUGCUUUUUGGACAGUUACCUUAUUUAAAAGAAGUGCAAUUAUCCUUUAUGUUGUUUUGAAACUGAGAUCUUUAACAGCAAGCUGUCAGGGGCCAUUGUUGUAAUGUGCAAAUUACCGUUUAUAUUGGAGUGAGCCACAUACAGCGAAAUUGGCUUGCACUGUUGCAUUUGGUAAUGUGAGUUAGGGUUGACAGUGAAUUCUUGAGCUAACAUACAAGUUUGUCUUCCACUCCAUUUUUAUUUUGUUCUCAUGGUUUUGAAACAAGUGUGACAGUGAGAGUUUGUGAUAAGUCAUAGCAUUUUGUAAAUUACUGUAUGGUAGCUGAUUGGAACUGUAAAUAUCCAAAAAUACCAGAAGUUACUUUUUAGAAGGUUUUGGGUAUUACCAAACAAGUAACAUUAAGCAAUGACAUUUUUGUAAUGUUAUCGUGCUUAUUAUCAUCAUCACCUAAAUGUUGCAUACUUUUAUGUUGAGUACAUAAAGCCUAUUUAUUUUGGAAAAGCACUGAAAAUUUAAUAAAGAGCAGUGAACUGUACUGAUCACGUCAUUUGUAUAUUUUAAUUCCCAUCAUUUUUUAUUUGACACACUUUUGCAACAUUUUUUCAUGUUUGAGUUAUUAAAGAUGCAUUACUUCAUUAAUUAGAGAAAAGAUUGGUUUACAAACAGUAUUCACCCACAAAAUAUAGCUGAUGCAAACAAUAUGUGAGAUCUGGGAAGCUGAUGCAUUUUUAGUCUCCAUUCAGCAUUUGAGGAUGAUUUCAGUAAGUGCUACAUUUGGGUAAGUGUCAAGGAAUGAUUCAGGAUACAGUCACCGCCAGUUCUAUGCAAGUCAAGUACUUGAUUCUGAAUAAAGAAGGUAGGUGUAAUUUCUCCCAGAUGAAGAUGAGGGGAUUCAAAAGUACGAAAGACAGUAUGAAGUAUUUUUCUUGCUUACAUGCUGCUGUAAGCUUUAGAUCCUUAUUGCUGCC